UUUACAAACACUGGUCCUGCGUCUCCCACUUGAAAAACAACAAUGUUUUGAUGGAAUAUUUGAAUAUUCUUGUAUUAGAUAUCGAUAUCAAAUUAUUAAACGGAAAGAUAAUGAAAAAAUUAUUGCUUGUCAUCAUGCCACGCCUAAAUUAUUCGAUUAGACUAUGCUGAUUUAGCAAAAGUAGGUCAUAUAUAGGUUAGAAAAAAAGAAAGUACCAUGCCACUCAAGCUCACAUCCUGUUUCAAUUCAUAUGUGUUUAGUCGUGCGUGCUGGAAUAAAAAAUGAAUAAAAAUGAUAAAGUGCAUCCCACAGCUUACAUCGUGUUUAUAGCAUUGCUUUUGGAUCUUCUGGCAUUCACAAUGAUUCUACCAUUACUUCCAUCACUGCUAGAACACUAUAAAACAAACGAUUCUACAGGGCUAUAUAGCUGGCUAUCUAGUCAAAUAUUCUACUUCCAACAAAUUGUUGGAGCCCCAGAAAAGUACAAUUCAGUAUUAUUUGGUGGAUUCUUGGGAUCUAUGUACAGUUUUUUGCAAUUUGUGGCAGCUCCAAUUGUUGGCAGUAUUUCAGAUGUUGUAGGAAGGAAACCUAUGAUGAUCAUUUGUUUGGUGAGUUGAUUAUCUCUUAAAACUUUGGUAGAACUAUUACAAUAAACCCAAUUCAAAUAAAGGAAGUCUGGUGUUUAUAGGAUUGAUAUCAAAAUUAUUUGCAUACUUCUAAUAUUCACCUUAUUUGAAAGCAAUGUAUCAUCUUUUUUGACUUAGAAUCUGUAUUGCAAAGAACAUUCCAGUUGAUAUGGUUUCUUUAAUCAACUGCAGACAUACUUCUUGUCUGAUAGAAACUAUCAAUAUCCAACACCAAACUAUGACUGCUAAAGCUAAUCAUUCAGUAGUAUAGUAGAUAAAUUAUAUUGCAGGGGUGAAUGUAGGAACCCUGGGGAUCAACACACACAGUUUCUAUGUGGCCCCCACUGUUGAUAGAUAAAAAACAGUGGGAGGGGAUGCAUAUUGCAUCAUCAUAAUUAUAGGGAGUCAUCUGCUUUUGUGAUAUUGUCAAAGACUUGUUUCUAGAUAAAGAUAUUAUAUCAAUUAUCUAUUAUGUACGAAUAAUUCAGCAAUAUAAGAUAUUAACUACCAUAAAAGAUACUUUUCCUUAACUUAAAACUUUGAAUCAACUUUCAACUAUAGUUGUGUAUUUUGUAACACUGCUAAAAUUAUAGGCACAUGUUUUUUCAUUGAUUUUUGGCGAAUCACAGUAAAACUACUGAUCACUUUUAUCUCCAUCUCUCUCAUACCUCACAUGCAAUCUUCCUGAUAUGUGUGUGGAGACAUUUUUGUACAUAAGCUUACACAUCAAUGUUCUACAACUAUACAUUCCACUGUCAGUAUAAAAACUCAUUCACCAUGAGAGUCUGAUUUGAGUUUAUCUUUGAUAUAAAGUACAGCAAUAUCUGCAAAUAUAAUGUCAACAGUUAGCACUGAAUUUACAGAAAAUAGUAGAAACAAUCGCCCUCUGUCAGUCUAUGUAUACAAGAGAAAGCAGUAGCUGCCCAUAGUAGAGUGAUUAUUUAUUUUGAAUAUCAUUGAUAUGUAACCAUCAACCCUUUAUAGAAAAAUAUGAUUGAGGAUGAACAGUAAAAAAUCAUGACUGCUACGAGUAUAUACCUAUACCACAGAUCACCGUAAAAAUACAUGGAAAUGCCAUGCUGCAGCAUAUGGCGGUUUUCACUCCUCCUAGGGCUGGUUUUUGGGGUCGAGGGUGAAGUCUAGGAACUUCUCUGAUGCUGGAUCCGGAUUCAGCAUCGAAAAACAUGUGGUGAUAUCAUAAUGUGUCUCACGGAUGUCGGCACAUUUGGACUAUUCAGGUGCUUUUUGAAUUUUUAUUUUUUCAGUAAAUUAGAUUCUUUCAUUUACUGUUUUCUAUUCCAUAUUCUAUUUUGUAUUUUCAGUCAGGCAUAUCCUUCUCAUAUAUACUAUGGGCAUUAUCAAGUAAUUUGCCUAUAUUCAUAUUAGCAAGGUUUUUUGGAGGAAUCAGUAAAGGAAAUGUUUCACUGAGUAUGGCCAUCAUCACAGAUGUUUCCUCAAGUCAGACUAGGGGAAAAGGAAUGGCACUUGUUGGAAUUGCAUUCUCUCUAGGAUUCAUUGUUGGUCCAUUGAUUGGCGCUAUUUUUGCAGUAUGGGCGAAAACGAAAACAGGAGAUUGGUUUAUAGUACCUGCUUUGUUUGCAUUGAUGUUAUCUAUAGCAGACUUGAUAUUUUUUACAGUAUUUUUCAAAGAAUCUUUACCCAAGGAAAAACGUGCUCCUAGUCUAGUAGCCACACUAAAAAAUUCCAAAAGCUUGCUGAGCAUCAAAGACUUAUUCCAGUUCACAGCAAUAAACGGUGUUGACGGAUCCAGAAUACAGCAGUUGCGAAAACUUGGCGUGAUAUAUUUUGUGUAUUUAUUUAUCUACAGUGGAUUGGAAUUUACUCUUACAUUUCUCACCCACCACGUGUUCAGCUAUACCUCAAUGCAACAAGGCUGGAUGUUUUUUGUUAUAGGCGCAAUAAUGGCAUUAUUGCAAGGCGGCUACGUUCGAAAAGUACCUCAAAAGAAAAUCAAGUCGACAGCCGUCGUGGGACUAUGGCUAAUCGUCCCUUCGUUUAUAUGCGUCGGCCUAGCAUACGAACCUGUGAUGCUGUAUCUAGGAUUAGUAUUAUUUGCUGUUUCUACUGCAAUGGUGGUACCCUGUUUGAUGACCAUGGCAUCUGAAUUCGGUACGGAUCAGCAGAAAGGUACCGUGAUGGGUAUUUUUCGCUCACUUGGAGCUCUGGCGCGCGCACUUGGUCCCAUUUUUGCCAGCAUAGCGUUUUGGAGCAUUGGCUCUAAAAUGACAUACUUAACAGGCUCCGUCCUGCUAUUAUAUCCUGUAUUAGCUUUGAAGAAAGUCAAAGAUGUACAAACAUAAUGAUAAAAUGUGAAGUAAUUGAUAUAUACUACUAGAUUACAAACAAUUACAAACAUUUAGUAUGUCUUCAUAUAACUCCAACCACAGUUACAUCAGUUGGAACUGUUUUAUUUUUCGAUAGAAUUUGAAAAAUAUUUUGUAAUUAGUCUUGAAGACAGUUGAAAGGAGGUUUUAUAGAUUAUUUAAAACUAAUUCCCAGUGUCCAACAAAAAAUAGAGAUAUAAGUUUGUAUUUUCAUUCAAGAUCACCGUGACCAUAUUAAAAACCGUCAUUAAUGAUAGUCUAAUUUACGCAUUGCAAUCAAAUACAAUCAGGUGAAUGCCAAGAUAGAAAUAGAUUUUUCCUAACCAACUCAAGUAUUCAUUAAUUGUGAUAAAUGUCUUUUAUAUUUAUAUUUAAGGAUUCUAAUAACACAAUUAUUUAUUUUUAUUUACCAUACUUUUUGUACAUUUACAUCACAUUAGUUGUACACGUGAUUUACUAAAAGUUUUAUACAUAUACCAUGUCCUUGCUGUACAUUAUUCAAUAAAGUUAUCAUUUAUAAAGUUGAA